GCCCAGAGCAGCGGUCGUCAGUCGCGGCACAAAUCCGUCGCCCAAACAAUAGAGCUCGUUGUGGCUGUGGCCCACCAAACGCAACCACCGACGACCCACAAAAGCCGCAGCUCUGUAACCCGAUCUGGUCCGAAGCGCUUUCAAGUCAACAACUGGUCCAGGUCUCUGCUCCCUCUCCGGUUCAGUUCGUUUACGUCGGAUUAGCCGUGCAGGCUGUUCAAAAUGUUUCGCGCUACGGAAAUCGGCAGCGAAGAAACCCUGCCUGCGCUGGCGGAGCUCAGUCAGAUGGAAUACGAGCCGGAGGCACGGGACAUUGAGUGGGGCGGUUGGAGGGCAGAACGGGCCCAGUUGAAGCGGCCUCAUCGCAGCUCCCUUCCAAAUUAUGGCUUCGCCCCGCCGCCCAUCCGCAUGGAGUACAGGUAUCCACGGGCUGUCUUCUUCGUCUUGGCCACAAAGUUCUUUGAGGCCUUCGCAGCCAACGGCAUACGCACCGUUCUCGCCCUCUAUCUGCGCGAUGAUCUCAACUUCUCCGAAAGCUUUUCCACGGUGGUGCUGCACAUCUUUAACUUCUUCGGCCAGUUCUGUCCGAUCAUUGGGGCCAUCCUGGCGGACAGCUACAUGGGCAACGUGCGCACGAUCUCCGGCUUCAGUUUCAUCUAUGCCUUUGGAUGGCUACUGCUCGUACUGACAUCCCUGCCCGCCAUGGGUCUUCCAAUGGUGCUGCUGGUGUCCAUCGCCCUGUUAUUUAUCGCCGUGGGUAAUGGAUCCAUUCGGGCCUGCAUCACUUCAUUAGGAGCGCUGCAAUUUAAGCUUCCGGAACAGAGCGCCCACCUGGCCGAGUAUUUCUCUUUCUACUAUUUCGUCUAUUACUUUGGCAUCUUCCUGAGCAAAAUCCUUCCUCCGCUGGUAAGGGCCAACACACAGUGCUUCGACAAGGCGGAGUGCUAUUCAGCAGUAUUCGGCACCCUGGGCAGUGCCUUCAUGAUGGCCUGGAUUAUCUUUCUGGUUGGAAAAUGCUUUUACAAGUCCGAAAAGCUGUCCGAUGACAAUAUACUCUUCAAGUUCUGCGGCUGCAUUAAAACAGCUCUAGUGGAGAAGUGGCGACGUCGCAAAUCGCCGAAGCGCACCAGCUACUGGCUGCACAAUGCAGUUGGUGCCUACGACGAGGGCUUCGUUAACGAUGUCUCCAGGGUCUUAAGGAUAUCCAAGCUUUUCAUUCCGCUACCGUUCUACUUCGCCUUGCUGGCGCAACAAGAUUCCAGCUGGACCUUUCAGGCCACUCAGAUGAAUACAACACUGCUGGGCGUGACCAUCCAACCGGAUCAGGCCAAAGCCGUGGGUCCAAUCUUCCUGUUCAUGCUCAUCCCCUUGUGGCAGUAUAUAACCGUGCCUUUGCUGCGUCGCUACUUCAAUUGGGAGCUGCAGCCGCUCCAUAGUGUAACAGUGGGUGGUAUUUUCUCCGCAGGCGCCUUCUUCUGUGCAGGAGCUGUGCAGGAACGAAUAAUGAAUUCCCCGCUUCAAACAGUGAAUAUAGCCUGGCAACUGCCGCAGUUCCUUUUGCUUAUGAUGGGCGAACUGCUGCUCUCCAUUCCGGGUCUUCAGUUCGCUUUCACCCAAGCGCCGACCUCCAUGAAGUCGGUGGUGACGGCUGCCUGGUUCCUGAACAAUGCCUUCGGGAAUCUCAUCGUGGUGUUGGUCACCGAACUGGGUAUGAUGAGCUCCCAGAUGGCCGAGUACUUCUUCUAUGCGGUGGUCAUGCUGGUCUGCAUUAUCCUAUACGCCCUGCUGGCCUUUGAUUAUUCGCUGCAGGAACGAAAGGGCGGGCUAUAUGUUAGGGGUCUGGACAGCGAUCCCGAGGAUCGGGAUGUGCCCAGCACCAGCCGCAGCGGCAGCAUCUAGAAGAGGUUCUAUUCUCUAGUAUUUCCAUUGCACUUGUAAUUUAUUGAUACACGCACAUAGGCAACACGCAUUUAACUGAAAAUAAAUAAAAGCUAAGCAACUAAAAAUCA